CUUAGCCUGGCUCCGACUCCCCAUGCGCCCCCGCCGUCCUCCUCCCCGCCCCCACAGCGCUCUGCGCCGUCGAGCUCGCCCUGCACGACCGUCGCACCAUGUCUUCCGCGGACGCACUCGGCCCCCAGCUCUCCCGGGGAGACAGCAAGAAGGACUACCCCGAUGACGCCCUCGAUCAGGUCUCCCCGCCCACGCUCGAUUCGCAGGACGUCGUGAUUGAGGCUCGGCCCCCGCUGGAUUACAGCUCGUCUGGCGCGUUCGUCGCGAGUCUUUGGCGCCGCUUCUGCAGUAUUUGGACGAGACGCUUUACCCUGUCUUUGCUCGCGGGUCAGCUCGUUUCGCUAUGCAUUACUUGCACGAAUGUCACGACCACGGAGCUGGUGGACCGGAACUGGUCAUUGCCUACGACGCAGACGUGGUUCUUGUACUUCUCGCUCUUCAUCGUGUACACGCCCUACACAAUCUACCAGUAUGGAUUUAAGGGAUGGCUACAGAUGAUCUUCCGAGACGGCUGGAAAUACUUCCUACUUGCCGCCUGCGACGUCGAGGGCAACUUCCUCGCGGUCAAGGCAUACAACUACACGACCCUUCUCUCCUGCGAGCUGCUCGACGCCUGGGCGAUCCCGUCCUGCCUCUUCUUCUCCUGGGUGUACAUGCGCACGCGAUACCAGCCCUCGCAGCUCGUCGGCGUGCUCAUCUGCAUCGGCGGCCUCGGCCUGCUCGUCGCGUCGGACGAGCUUACGGACAAGGACUGGACGGCGGCGAACCGCGGCCUCGGUGAUGCGUAUAUGGUGAUCGGCGCGACGCUAUAUGGCUUCACGAAUGCGACGGAGGAGUUCUUCGUGCGCAGAUCGCCUCUGUACGAGGUCGUCGGCCAGCUUGGGAUGUGGGGCAUGAUCAUCAAUGCCAUCCAGGCUGCCGGCCUUGAGCAUCAGGCAAUGCGCGAGGCCACCUGGAGCGGUAUGAACAUUGGACUCCUCGUCGCGUACACAGCGUCGAUGUUCAUCCUCUACACCGUCGCGCCGAUGCUCUACCGCAUGGCGUCCUCUGCGUACUACAACCUGAGCAUCCUCUCGAGCGACUUUUACGGGCUGCUCUUCGGGCUUUUCCUCUUCCACUACCGGCCGUUCUGGCUGUACUUCCCCGCCUUUGCGGUGGUCAUCCUCGGGCUUGUCAUCUACUUCUGGAGCGCGCCGCCCGAGUCGCAAGGCAAGAUCGAGCCGCGUAUCCCUGCGUACAUCGAGCGGCAGCACGACACGAUCAACAUCGUCGCAGGGCAAGUGUAAGAUUAGAUACGGGGGACGCGCGGAACGCAAUGACUGAACGAUCAUGUUGUCACGACCUCCCAUUCGGAGCGGUAGAGUUUGUUGGUUCGAUCUUCAUGUAGCGCUAAUCUAGGUCUGGAAACGUUUGCUUGGUUCUUUGACGGUUGACGAUCAUUGUGCUAGGGCCGAAGGUAGCUCGGCUUCAAGG